AUGGCAUCAUCUGCUUCUAUCAUGUCGGCCCCUAUCAGACGAACGAUUAAGCAGGUUAAGCUUCAAAUCUACGAUACUCUUGAAGUUGAGCAACCCAUCAUUGGCGGCGUCUUUUCUCGGCCAUUCUCUGAGAAGCUUCGAUUCGCAACAAUUAGCGAUGCGCAAGGUUUCAAGAUUAAGCUAGUCAAGCUUCAGAAUGCUAUGCUCGAUCAACAAAAGCAACAAGACAUCGAUAGGUCUCAGGUUGCUGACAAUACUGAGGAAAGAAAGGCAGAAGACGACGGCGAAGCAAGAGAAUACCAUGCUGCCCUUCUAAUUACAGGCAACACUUUUCUGACAUUAGACAACUUUAGAGUAAUUUAG